AUUCUCAGGGUGAAUCUGAAGCUGGCUAUUGCGCCCCUCAGUGUCCAGUAAGCGGCAGGUGAUACACAGGUGAAUUCCGUGACGUCAUGCAGGAAGUGGGCCACGGAAGGUUGUGGGGUUUUUCUGAACAGUAGCUCGACAACUGUGGAUAUUUGAUUCGAAGUGGAACAUCUGAUCUAACGAAGAGAUGUGCACGUUUGAUAAGGACAAAGGGCCAAGAAGGCUGAUGAAAAAUGGGCUAGUUCUCAUCCUGGUUGGCCAUGUUAACUUCAUCUUUGGAGCUAUCGUCCAUGGGAAUGUCCUCCGCCACAUUUCCAAACCCAGCCAGCAUAUCACCACUGAAUACACUGUCGCUAAUAUCAUCUCUGUCACCUCUGGCCUGCUGAGCAUUGCUGCUGGAAUUAUUGCCAUUGUGGUGUCAAAUAACCUUCGUGUGUUAAAGCUGCAAAUAGGACUUCUAGCUGUGUCAUUCCUGAACGCCCUGCUCUCCGCAGCGUGCAGCACUGGGUUCCUCUUGGCAAUUAGUGUCACUGUUGCUCAUAAUGGGCAGGGUUUGAUGAAGGGAUGCAAUGACACACAGGUGCCCAUCAGUGCUCGGUCACCUGUUAGUGCCCAGUGCCCAUUUGACACAACACGAAUCUAUGACACCACUCUGGCACUCUGGGUUCCCUGUGCUGUGUUGGCAGCGGCUGAGGCUGGACUGUCUGUCUGGUGCUUCAUCUUUGGAUUGGCUUUGAGGGGGCUGGCACCUUGUGGGAACAGCUACAUCAAAGACCAGUUGGAGGAAGAGGCCGCGUGCUCUGCCCACAGCCAACAUCUGAUUGAACAGCACUUGAACCCUGAUGCAUAACUGGACAAAAAACAGGAGCCUUUGUGUAGGCGAGCACAACUAAAAGAUAUUACAGCAGCAGUAUGCAGACUAGUAAUUUGCUCAGCAGGUUGUCACUGUGAAGCAGAAGGGGAAUCAGUUUGAAGAGACGGAUUCAUAUUACUAAAGACUCAGAUGAUGACUGAUUCAUUUAUGCACUAAACAGUUUGUCUUUUAUGUAAAACUUAGAUUUAAUUAGACUCGGUUAGAAGGGUAAGGCAGUGUAUAUGUACCUAAUGAAACCUGUCAAUGGUAAAUACAACAGAUAUUCACUGUGCAUAUCAGUGAUUUUUUUGAGUUAUCAGUAUCUGUUUGGCUUCACUAGAUCCAAACAUGUCAUGCUAAGCAUCCUAAAGCUUUGUUUAUAAAGAA